GUUAUAACCCGGAAGUGAUAGUGAUGACUCGUUUGGGCUAACGUUAGCUCUCCCAAGUGGAAUGUCGCUAUCUGAAUUGUUUACUGUUAAUCAUUCAACAGUGGCUGAUACCACCUCUGCAGUCACCGGUUUUCCCUUUUUAUAGACACGUGAUCAAUGACGGCUUUGGUCAACCAUGGCUGUCGUGUCAUGGAAGGAGAUUUUACUUUUGACUGGACUGGUGGUUGGGUGUUACUGGAACAGUCUGUCGUGUGGCUUUGUGUUUGAUGACGUCUCAGCGAUCCUCGACAACAAGGACCUACGGCCCUCGACCCCUGUCCGCAACCUGUUCCUCAAUGACUUCUGGGGAACACCCAUGGCUGAGGAGAGGAGCCACAAGUCUUACCGACCCUUGACUGUACUCACCUUCCGACUGAACUACCUCUUCAGUGAGCUGGUGGCAGCUUUCUACCAUCUGCUGAACGUCAUUCUACACGCAGUGGUGUGUGUGCUUUUCCUGCGAGUGUGCCGAUUGUUCCUGGACAAGACGUCCAGCCUGGUGGCAGCGUUGCUGUUUGCCGUGCACCCCAUCCACACUGAAGCUGUCACAGGUGUGGUCGGCAGAGCUGAACUUCUUUCUUCAAUCUUUCUCCUGGCUGCUUUCCUGUCCUACACUAAAUCAACAAGUGCGAACCACUCUAUCGUGUGGGCCCCCAUCGCUCUGACAGUGGUGCUAGUGGCGGCAGCAACACUGUGUAAGGAGCAGGGAAUCACCGUCAUCGGCAUCUGCUGUGUCCACGAAGUGUUCGUUGCACAAGGGUUCACCUUGCCCAUGCUGUUGGACACCCUGCGGCGAGUGUUGCAGGGUAAAGACGGCUUCCCUUACGCUGUCCUGCAAACUCUGCUGAAGCUCAUCGUCCUCGUCAUCAGCACCCUGCUGCUCGUCAUCGUCAGGGUCCAAGUCAUCCAGUCCCAGCUUCCCGUCUUCACCCGAUUUGAUAACCCGGCAGCCGUCAGCCCCACUCCCACGAGACAGCUGACCUUCAACUACCUGCUCCCUGUGAACGCAUGGCUUCUGCUCAACCCCUCUGAGCUCUGCUGUGACUGGACUAUGGGCACCAUUCCUCUGGUGGAGUCCCUGCUAGACCUCCGGAACCUGGCCACCCUGGUGUUCUACACGUUCCUGGGCCUGCUAGCUUACCACAGCCUGCGCUACAGACACAGCUCUGCCAGGACUGUCAUCAUGGCCCUGUCUCUGAUCGUCCUGCCUUUUAUUCCUGCGUCUAACCUCUUCUUCCCGGUGGGCUUCGUCGUGGCGGAGAGGGUCCUCUAUGUGCCCAGUAUGGGCUUCUGUGUUCUCGUCGCACACGGAUUCAAGAUCGUCUCGCAUAAAGGACCCUUGAAGAAGAUUUCCUGGUUGAUCAUUGGGGUGCUGUUAACGACGCAUGCAGUGAAGACUUUCAAGAGGAAUUGGGACUGGGAGUCAGAAUACUCUCUGUUCACCUCUGCGCUGAAGGUCAACAAGAACAAUGCUAAGUUGUGGAAUAAUGUUGGCCAUGCUCUGGAGAACCAAAACAACUAUGCAAAGGCGCUGCAGUAUUUUCUCCAGGCCACUCGCGUUCAGCCAGAUGACAUUGGAGCUCACAUGAAUGUUGGAAGAACCUACAAGAACUUGAACAAGUCCAGAGAGGCAGAAGAUGCAUACUUGGUUGCCAAGUCCCUGAUGCCACAGGUUAUCCCUGGGAAGAAGUAUGCGACGCGCGUGGCCCCGAACCAUCUCAACGUCUACAUUAAUCUGGCCAACCUGAUCCGGGCCAACGAGUCGAGGCUGGAGGAGGCUGACCAGCUCUACCGACAAGCAAUCAGCAUGAGACCCGACUUCAAACAAGCCUACAUCAGCAGAGGGGAGCUGCUUCUGAAGAUGAACAAGCUCACAGAAGCCCGCGACGCCUACCUCCGAGCCCUGGAGCUGGACCGCACCAACGCUGACCUGUGGUACAACCUGGCCAUCGUCAACAUCGAGAUGAAGGACCCGUCGGAGGCCCUGAAGAACUUCAACCACGCCCUGGAGCUCAACCCACGCCACAAGCUGGCCCUCUUCAACUCGGCCCUCCUCAUGCAGGAGUCUGGUGAGCCAAAGUUCUGGCCUGAGGCCAACCGUCGCUUCUUGACCUACGUGGAGGAGGAGCCCGAAGACGCCAACGGCUACUUCAACCUCGGCAUGCUGGCCAUGGAUGCCAACGAGAACGCGGCGGCUGAGUGGUGGAUGCGUAAAGCCAUCGGUCUGCAGGCGGGCUUCCGCAGCGCCCUGUUCAACCUGGCGCUGCUCUACUCCCAGUCCAAACGCGAGAUCGAUGCGCUGCCGGCGCUGGACGAGCUGCUGCGUCACCACCCGGAGCACAUCAAGGGCCUGAUCCUGAAGGGGGACAUCCUCAUGAACCACAAGAAGGACACGCGCGGCGCCAAAGCCUGCUUCGAGCGCAUUGUGCGCAUGGACCCCACCAAUGUGCAAGGCAAGCACAACUUGUGCGUGGUCUACUUUGAGGAGCGCGACCUGCCGCGUGCCGCGCACUGCCUGGAGGAAACGCUGGCCAUGGCGCCACACGAGGAGUACGUGCGUCGCCACUUGAGUAUUGUGCGAAGCAAAAUGGCCGCCAUGAGCGCGGCAGGGCAACCGCUUACUUCAGGAGGGGGAGCCGCCAUAUCGGCUGAGGAGGAAAAGCCGGGGAGAGACGAGGAGGGGCCGGAGGAGGCAGCGGAGGUCGAGGAGGAAGGGAGGGGUGCUGAUGCUGUGGGAAAGGGGAAUGGGGAGGAGAAGAAUGUGCGGAAAUCCUCUGCAGAAAGCCUCGGAGGCGUGGGCGUGGACCAAUCAGAGUCUUUGGACAGUAGCCAGUCUGACGAGCGGACUACGGGUAAGUCCACUGAAGAGAUUAAAGAUAUAGAGAGAAAAAGGGCCGCCGCCUUGAGGAGACUAGAGGAGAUUGAGCGCAUAUUAAGUGGUGAUUGACAUUGUGGUAAUUUACAGCUGGACUACUUUUAUAGAGCCCUUUAAUGCUCCAGGAUAAGACUGCAUUCUCCCCUUCGAAAUGUGUACUCAAAAUCUAUUUCAGUCAUUUCGUUCUUUUGAUUUAUUCACUUGUUUGCAGGCUGCUCGGCGUGGCCCCGUUGAUUUAACACUAAUCAUGUAAAGAAGGGAAAAUGCUGAUCUGCACACGAAAACCCAUGUAACAAUAAGCACAAAGCCAAUUUGGGAUUAUCUAUUUAAAGCUUACGGCCGUUGUAGAUGCCAGUGUGUGUGGGAUUCCCCAUGUCGUAGAUCUGCAAUACAAAUGUUUGCUUUUCUAUGUGUAGUCAUUGUUUAUCACUGGAUUUAUUUUUUUUUUUUCACUCGUGUGUGUUAUUGUUUUUAAAAACAGAUCGAUUGUAUCAGGGACAAUUAAAGGAAAUGACAUGUUCCUCAGAUUUCCUCAAGGCAGGAGGAUAUCUGCAUAUUCCGGGCCUCAAAAUAACCCUCCACACUACAUCAGCGCCGGGCUUCUGUUCCAUUGCUUCUUCUAAUCUUUAUUGAUCUCACUCGCCGUUUCCUGCCACUCCAUCAUCAGCCUCUGCCUUCACCUCAAAAUUUUCAUUGGGAGCCCAUCUAAAGACGAUUUACCCCCCCCGGCUGUCUCCCAUCCCUUCAGACACAUUGAAACAUGAAUCUUUUUUCCCUGUUUAUGUUGGUAAAAUAGCCCAUACACACAUCGCUCCUGUGACGCACGAUCAUCUUCAUCAUGUGUUCCUCGUUUUAAUGUUCCUUCCAAUUUACGAGGGGGGCUUUUCAUAGCAAAUUUGCAGAAAACAGAUCUCCACAUUCAUCCGGCUCCACGGCGAUGUUGUUGUUUUAGCUUACUGGCACGAAAAUAACACUGCGAUGUCUUCAAGUGUUUGUAGUAGCCUUUGUGUUCACUUUCUUCAGCAUUGACACUCGUGAUCCCUCCGAAUCAAAAAUACUCUGCGUCUCUCUGUGGAGGUCUGAGACUGUACACAAAUUAAAAACUUUGGAAUCAGAAAUGCUCAAAUCUCUCCCGUUCUUUCCUCUAAACCAUAAAAUCCCAUAACAAUGCUCUGAUUUAGAGCACAUGAAAAGGCCAAUAGCUCACUGUCAAAAAAGUGCUUUUCUGGCUGCACAAGUAGUUUACAGCGUACGAGCCCCCGAUAGUCAUGAGCUCAAGCCGUGGCCGGAUAUGUGAUUGUAUGGAAUUGUAGCUGUGAGGCAGGUCAACUAUUCUUCCUCGGGGGGAUAACGUUAAUGUCGUCACCAUCCUGUUUAGUUACUUCACAGCGCAAUAAAACUAUGUUCCGCUCAGUGGAACGACGGGAGAGAAGGCGGAUUACUGGGCGUCGGCAGCCCUGUGGUGGUAACGAGGAGCCUUGCUAUGCAUCCACCUUUUUCAGCCCUGAAAUUCUAUGUACAUAUAUCUACCGCGUACUUGUAUCCAGUGUUAUUUAUUAUCUUUAUAUGCACUGCAAAUGCUGUAGAUCUUGUUUACCACUCCCAGUAUGCUUUGAAUUCACGGUGCGUUAUUUUGUCUCUAUCAUCAAUUAUGUGUGCUGUCACUUGUAAGCCAUGUCCGAUGCUUUUUCACGUUUUAACCAACAGAGCCAUGUCAGUGUUAAACAUGUAGGACAUAUUCAAUUAACUGUCGUAGGUACAUCUUUGAAUGAGGGAACAUCCUGUAGUCCACCUCAUUCUGCUGAGUGGCUGAUUUUUGUACAAUUUGAGAUGGUGGUGGGGGUCUAGGUUAUUAAAUAAAGUGAGAGGACAACUCAA